UGUCGUGCGCGAUUUCGUACGCGGCGCUUGGUGACGCGACAACUGUGCCCGAGCUCGUGCCACGUACCUGCUGAUCGCGACGGUAGAUCGUUCCUGUAACUGAAGAUCGCCCGAGAUUCCACCCGCGAUCCUGACCAUGAUCAAGCAGCUCGCCGAUCGAAUUCGCGACGCGAUAUUGCAGCCCGACGAUCGAUCGGCGAAUCGACUUGUGAGCGAUCAGGCGAAUCGCCGAGACGACUGAUCAUGGAAAACCCGACGCGCAGUUGGCGUAUAGACAGGAACGUUACGGAGCGCUGGGAGUAUUUGGCAGUCACUCGUGCGGGACAGCCGAUGGUGUCCAAAUGACGCGGGUGCAGUAGCAAUCGAAGUCGCCGCCUUCGGCAACCGUUUGCAAAGAGGAGAGAGAGGAAUUGGUCUUCCGACAAGUUGAAGCCCUCGCGGUACACGGAGAGGCUUGUCAGUCAAUUCGCCGCGAAGCAGGAGCUUCGUGUCCGCGAUAGAAUCACGCGAUAAUAAAUCACAAAGUGGCAGCAUUUCGCGCGGCCGUCAGGCGAGCAAACGCCACGUCGUCCGCCUCCGCCUCUGACAACACUCUUCGGUGCGUCACGCGCGGGCAGACGAGCUUUAUUCGGACCCGUCGUGGUCGCACGGAGACGACGAUUGGAGCCGAGAGAUCCGUAGAUCCGCGCGAAGAUCAGAGCGCCGUCAUUAUUGCCGUCACUAUCAUCGUUUAUCCCGAAACCGAGGGUUGGAAGUGAAGUUGAGCGUCGCCACAUCCGAAGCAACUGCACGUUCUCAACGAUCGGCCGUAAAUAACGGUCCACGCACUUUGGCGUGCAGGCACCUGGCCCGGACCUCGCGCGGCUUGUGCGCGGCUACGUGUGUUGCCGCGGUGGAAUCUCGCUCGUAAUGACUCGUAAUUGCGCGGAGGAGGAGCCGACGUCGUGCUGGAACGAUUUAAGGGACACCUAGCAGCGCCACCCGCACUCUCCGCUAUAAUGAUUAGGUGCACGCGACUACUACGGGGAUUACCUGGUUGAGGUGGAGGACCCGGUGUUCGGAGACGUUAGGGUGGACUACCGGCCAUCGGCUGAAAUCUGAAUACGAGAGAGAGAGGGAAGGAGAGGGAGAGAGAGAGCGGUCGAUUGCGGCCCCGGAGAAAUUCGUGCCCCCGGUGCCCCUUGGCCGAACGAUCCAACGGCUGGCCGUUAACACGCUCGAACGCUUGGAUCGGCGACAUUUACGACGCACUCGAUCGCAGAAAGAUUCAAUUCGAAGGGCGUAAUGGAUACGUCACCAACGUUAAGCAUCGGCGGUUCGAGGGCCAGGGCGGCCCUUUUGACCACCAGCGGCACCGGAACCGGCAGCAACGACAGACGGGUCGUCUUUUUAGCAAGUCAACCGUCGGUCGGCAGCAGUCACGAUACCAAGACCUGGCCGCACCAUUGGUCGCCGCACACGACCGGAAACAGUUACAAAUCGCCGGAGGAAUCGCCGCACACCGAGCACAGCAGACUGAGGAUGUCCCGGGGCCAAGGGGGCUGGUCCGACGAGCCCUCCACUUCCGGUAGCGCGAGCCGUCGCGGUGGAGCACGGCAAACGGCGGGGCUAUCCACGAGAACGUCGGCUUCCGCCUUGGAGGAACGCGCUUCCGGUACUACGCCGUGUAAAGGUGGCUUCAGAUUAGGCGUGUAUGGCUGGAGGAAGAAAUGCUUGUACUCAUUCGUGCUGAUUCUUAUGAUCACCGUUAUUCUCAAUCUCGCCCUCACUGUCUGGAUCUUCAAAGUCAUGGGAUUUAGUUCUGAAGGUAUCGGUUCGCUAAAAGUGGUGCCUGGGGGAAUCGAGCUAAGAGGUCAAGCCGCCGUAUUGGACGCCCUUGUGGCCUCCAGCCUCAGAUCUCGAAGGGGCAAAAACUUGGUGCUGGAAUCGUGGAGUAAUUUUACGGCCUCGGCGAGAUCCCACGACGGUCGGCUCCUCGCGCGAUUAACAGUCGGAGAGGAUCGCGUCGACUGCGUAUCCAGGGGUUUCCGAAUAACUGAUCCACGGGGAGGAGUGCUGUUCUCCGCGGACAGGGAGCAAGUGAUCGUGGGAGCAGAAAUGUUGAGGGUGACUGGCGACGGCGGUGCCGUUUUUCAGGGAAGUGUGCAGACCCCGCUGGUCAGGGGAGAAUCGGGACGCGGUCUUAGGCUCGAAUCAGCGACGAGAUCCUUGAAGAUCAGCGCUCCUCAGCGCGUGGCGAUCGAGUCUUGGGCGAACGAGAUCUCAGCCUCUUGCCUGACGGAUCUCAAGCUGCAGAGCGUCCACGGGGCCAUCCGACUUGACGCCAAGUCCGUCUACGUGAAGGGUCUCAAGACGGCGAUUCCGGUGCAAGGACACUCGUCUAGGGAGCAACAGCAGCAGCAGCAACAACAUCCCGGCAGGUCCUCGUCCACUCAUCAGAGUCAGAGGGAGACGACCAUCUAUCAACUGUGUGCGUGCGCGAGCGGAAAACUGUUCCUCGCCAGGCCAGAUGGCAACUGCCAGGCCGACAAGUCGAUUUGCUAAUACUACUCGACUCGACGGAGCGUCGCGACGACGGAUCACUCGUUAGGAAUCGCGACGGACUGCUGUGUGACUUGGUGACUCUAGUGACAGAGAUACAGAGCUGAAGAGAAAGAGAAAGCGAGAAAGGAAGACGCACUGCGAUCGGCCAUCGGCGCGAUCGGGGACGAGGCCUUUAUUGGAACAUUAUAAACGAUAUCAAACGAAUCUCUACCGCGCCGAACGGGCGAGGACAUCGAGCGCGGCGUGUGCCCGAUAUACACUUUCGAGUACUGCCGGAAGCUCUUCGGGAGUUUCUAGUACUUAAUGUAGGAUUCUAAUCUGGACGCCGGCAGGUAGUACCGCGCCCCCCGACGUGUCAAUUAAUCUGGAGGAAUUGCAUCGCGACGCGCGCUUGUUUCUUUUUUUAUUUGCACUUUGUCUCCUGCGGUUCGACGACGAUUUAACCGAGUCGCCGUACUGGGAAGUCGGAAUCACUGCCGAAUCUGUGAACUCCGAUGUUGCCGCAAUCACGAAUCCGUACUCACGAAGAUUUACGUCAAUUUCUCCCUAUUCACGGCGUCCUGUGGUGAUCCUUGUUCGCGAGACGUCCAGCCGAACAACCGGCAGCGAGACGCGCGCGGACAAGCGCGUCGGCGGCCUCUUUCAUCCCGUAAGCGUAAGGGAACGCGCGCGUCGCGCGAGCACAAAGGGGAUUCUCGCGGGGUCUUGACCCCGCUGACCGGAAAAAUUCUCUCGAAUCUUGCCGAGGGCAUUCGGGAAACUCGCUCGCAGGAAUAUCUUCAGGCGGCAUUCACGCGCCGGCUUCUCCCUGGAACUUUUUCUCGCCCCAGCGCCGUCGCUCAAUGCGAAAGGGAGCCGCGAGACCACCCGCUGCUCCCGGCUCGAGUUUUUGUCGUGGAAGACCCGCGGCGCGAGUAUUCCCACGCCGUUACGCGCGGAAUGUGCUCGCCCUGUUCGGCGCGCCCUGGAUUCGACACGAACUUGUACGUUUCUCUCCCCCCGACGGGAGACAUCGAGGGGCCCUUGGAGCGUCCAUCGGAGAUCCGUCGACCGGGAGCGGCACCGGAUCUCCGUGGUACCGUGGAUAGAUCGUGUGUAACUAUGUGUACGUAGCACUGCCCGCCGACGCUACCCCAUGAUGCACGCCUCGAACACCCGCAUUCCCGUCCCGCGUUUGGCGCUUGAACGGCUUCGAAACUCGCGCCCCGAAGCAUCAACGAUCCUGGACGACCCAUAAAAAUCGGAAUCGGAUAAUUUGUGCCACGAGGCUUUAACGCUUCAACCCUCGAAAAUCCCACAAAAAUCAGAAUAAUCACGUGCGCGUUGCUCGCCGCCAAGAAUCCUUCUUCUCAGUGAAUACUCGUGGAAAAUCAUAUCAUCAUCAUCAUCAUCAUAAUCAGCUGAUUCAUCGGGUCGGUCUACCCGUUAAGCGCUAAACGCGACAUUGAACGAUGUUCCAAUCUGAUGCGGAACAGAGGCGGGAAUCUGGACCGUUGUGCAUCUCACGAUCGCCGUCAGGCGACGCCCGGUAAACUCCGUUCGACGAUCAUCCCUUCUCCGUUAUUAUUUUGUGUUCCCGUCCCUUUGCAACACCUUCCAUCGCACCCUUCGUUCGAUACUUUACACCCUGUGUACCGGAGUGUACGCCUCUCGCGGCGAAAACCACUUGUAGGCAAAUCGUUCGUAGCCGCCACGGGCCCGCGCUCUCGCUCGGCGCUCAGUGGCGCGGGGGGGCGACCCUUUCAGGGAGAUUACUCCUCGCGAAUCGCUUACUUCUAACGCGGUGUCUGUUUAACCCGUGCUCCGAUACAAAGUAGAAGCGUUGUUGUAAGUAGCGACGGCUGCAUCGGGCUGCGCGUGCCGCCGUAAAGGCGCGAGAAAGUCAGAGAGACAGAGAGCAAGAAAGAAAGAGAAAGAGAGAGAGAGAAAGAGAAAGAGACAGAGUGAAUGGAAACGAAUGCGAGAGGAUGUCUGACGGUAGUUUGACGCAACCGGAUCGAUUUGCGAUCCAGCUUGUACGCUGUACAUCGGCCAUGUCCAUUUAUUUAUGUAUGUGGCAAUAAAGUCGUUAUUGUUACUAUUAUUAUUAA